AUGCGGCCACCAUCCCUGCAGGUGUUUAAGGAAAGAUUGGAUGAGGCACUUAGUGUGAUGGUAUGCCCACAAUUUGAAACAGCUAAGCCAGUGGUGUUGAAAGCGUGCCAGAAGAAGCACCGUGGUCCUCACAAGCCCCAGAAUCAGGAUGCCAACCGCAGUUUGCUUCAUGCAGGAGGACCUUGUCGAAGAGCUGCAGCCUGCAAAUUUCCUCCUUUAACUUUUGAGAAUUUAGAAGGACAUGCAGGCCACCCCUUGGAUCAUCCAAAGCACUCAAGGAAGGACACAGAGUGUUCUCACAGCCAGCUCAAGAAAGGGACAGCAGCAAAUGCCAAUAUCCAAGUGCAGGGUCCAGAGAACUGUAGAGAGCCUGCUCUCCAGCCUGUGGAGCAAGAAGCCUUUAGUCUACCAGAUGCAGACGCUCCACAGGUGCCUUCCCUAAGGAACUGGAGGUGCAGCAAUACUCUGUCACAAAGUACAGACACCUGGCAUCCAGAAAAAGAGUUGGCAUUUGGUAUUGAUCCCUGUGGGAGAGGGAAGUCGGCAGCAGUGCUGGUUACAGAUACUCCCGAACAUGAAUAUGGAGUAAAGGUCACUUGGAGACGGCGGCCUCACCUCAUGAAGUACCUGCGGGAGCGAGGGAAGCUGAGCGCUGCCGACAUCCUGGUGAAGGCAGACUUCGAGCUCUCGCAGAGACAGGCCAGCGCCUGA